AUGCUGUCGAGCUCGAUGCGCCAGACACGGCCGCGGAAGCGGCUCCUCGACCCCCUCGCCCUCGCCCUCGCUUCCCGACUCGGCGCCGCCUCGUCGCAUCGGUGUCCGAUGGCCGGCCGCGGAGCUGCCACGGCCGCUGGAGCGUGGCGCCCCGUCUCUAUCCUUGACGACUGGGUUGCUCGCGAGGCCCGCCCCAUAAGCUUGCGCCAGCUCAUGGUCUUUGGCCGCUCCCUCACAGAAUCCCGCCUCAUCAGCUCCGCCAACUAUGUACGAACAGAAUUACCCUCUAGAAUCGCCCAUCGCCUCCGCGACAUGCAGCAGCUCCCAUACGUCGUCGUCACGAACCCCCACAUCAACGACGUCUACAAUCUCUACUACAAUGCCUUUGACACCUUUCGCAAGAUCAAGGAAGUUAAGACCCUCGAGGACAAUGACCGCCUCUGCAAGAUUAUCAGCGAGAUGCUCAAGGGCCACCUCACUGUCAUCCCCAAGCUCGCUAUGGGCAUCCUUGAGUGCGGCGGCCUGAUGAACCCGAAAGAUCUCGACAAGUUUAUGAAUACCAUUUUGCGAUCCCGCAUCUCCCGUCGUGUCAUUGCUGAGCAGCACCUCUCCCUCACCGAGACCUACCACUCGCCGCACUUCUCCCCCGGCGCUAAGCUCUCCGAGAGCGACUUCAUCGGCGAGGUCUUUAUCAAAUGCCAGGCGCGCGACGUUAUUGACCGCUGCGCUCGCGCCAUCACCACCCUCGCCCGCUCCACCAAUGGGCCUGACGCCCAGGUCCCCGCCAUCCGUAUCGACGGCCACCUCGGCGCCUCCUUUCCCUACAUCCUCAGCCACCUCGAGUAUAUUAUUGGCGAACUCCUCCGAAACUCGGUCCAGGCCGUCAUUGACCGGCAGGCCAAGCUCCAGGAAAAGGCGGCCGCGGCCGGAAACCCCGCCACUGUGGAACCCCCGCCGCCCAUCGAAGUCACCAUCUGCGAGGCCCAGGAGCACGUCAUCAUCCGCAUCUCAGACCGCGGCGGCGGCAUCCCCCGCGAGGAGCUCCCGUACCUCUGGUCCUUUUCCAAGGGCCCGCAGUCGGCCAACCGCCUCGAGAACCUCGGCCAGGUCCCGCGCAUGGCCGCCACCAUGCAGGAGCUGCACAUUGACGAGCUCGGCCGCGCCGACCUCAAGGCGCCCUCCUACCCAACACCACCUCCGCCGCCAUCACCGCAAGACCAGCCUCUCACAACAGCCACGCCACACACCCCAUCACUGCAAAACUCCCUCUCCAGCCUCACCAGCCGCCCGCCGAACCUGCGCCUCGGCAUGGGCCUUCCCCUCAGUCGCGUUUACGCCGAGUACUGGGCCGGAAGCCUUCAUGUCCACAGCCUCGAGGGCUAUGGCGUCGACGCCUUUUUGCAAAUCUCGCGGCUCGGCAACAAGAAUGAGCAGCUCACCACGCGCGCCAGCAUGGAUGCGGUAUGA